AUGUACCUAGAAGUUGACCAGGUUGGCCCCUCCCAAGAAUUCAGGCCCCAGGGGUGUGUGUGCAAAAAUCACACCUCUCCACUCUGGCUCAGAGUGGCUAGUUGCCUGCCUGCCUGUGUACUCUCUGGGCCAUUCUGUGCUGCUCUGGACAGCCAGGCAAGCUCCUCUGGUUCCUUGGUGGAGGAAUCUUCACCCCAGCUACCCAAUCCACCAGGGGGCGCAACACUUGCCCUGCCCCAGGUGCCAGCAACCUAUGAUAUUCUGCUAAGGUGUUGGCCGACUCCCCGCCCCCCUUGCUGUCCUUACAGGCACUUUGAGCCAGAGUAUUUGAUUCACCUUGGUGACAGCUUCUCCAGAUUUCCCAUCACCAUGCAGGAUCUCCUGGAAUUUUUCUUUUUCGCCCUCCUUACAACAGGUAAGGAAGGACAGCUCACUCACUGCAAAUUUAUUCCACUGGGGUAGCUGGGGUCAGAUGCAAGCUAGUUUCACGAGACUGGUAGGGGCAUAAGAUGGAAAGGCACCCGCAAGGUCUUUUGUAAUUCCUUUAAAUUUGAAUUUUAAAAAGAAAUCGCGUGGAAAGCAAUUGUUGCACGCGAUUUUUAAACUAAAGAAACCAAGGAACAUGGUUUUGUUCAAAAGAGAGAUGCAAAUUGCACAUUUUUCAACAGCUUCAAUCUAAUAGGCCACAUUUUCGCUUGCUUGUACAUAGCAUGUUAAAAUAAAAUAAAAAUGUCCAGUAGCACCUUCGAGACCAACUAAGUUUGUUCUGGGUAUAAGCUUUCAUGUGCAUGUGCACUUUUGCAGAUAUCAUGCAUGCACACGAAAACUUAUACCCAGAACAAACUUACCGUAGUUGGUCUCUAAGGUGCUACCAGACAAUUUUUUAUUUAUUUCCACUGCGUCAGACCAACACGGAAACCUACCUGAAUAUAGCAUGUUAAUUUAUACAUUAUUGCUGUGCACUGUCUUCUGAAAAAUGUGUGCAUUUCCCUUCCUGCAAAGGUGCACCUUCAUUGUACAAUUUUUUCAUAUGCUGUAGCACACCCUCUGAGUGUCCCUAUUUUCUAGGGACAGUCCCUGAUUUAGAGAAGCCGUCCUGGUUUCUGAUUUGAUCCCAGAAUGUCCCGCUUUUCCUUAGGAUGUCCCUAUUUUCAUUGGAGAAAUGUUGGAGGGUAUGGAGUUAUUCAACGCGCAAGCCGUCUGAAGGCAUUCACAUAGAGGGAAGGUUUUUUAAAAAAUGUUUAAUGUUUGAUUAUGUUUUUAUAUGUGUUGGAAGCUGCCCAGAGUGAUGGGGCAACCCAAUAAGGUGUGGGAUAUAAAUAGUAAAAAUAGCAUUAUGGAAUGGGACAUCCCUAUUUUCAUCGGAGAAAUGUUGGAGGGUAUGCUGUAGACUCACCACUUUAACUUGUUAUUUUGGUUGUAAAUUGAGGGAUAUUUAUGGGGGAAGAAAAGGUUAAAGGAGUAAACCCUACAACAAACUCCAAGUGGAGUUCCUAAGACAGUUGGAAGGCGUUUUGUACGCCUCCUUCUGGCAACUCCUACAACAAAGCUGGUGCCAGGUGUAUUCUCUGAUUUCCUUUGGACCAUAUCAGUGAGGCUGAGAGGGGGAUCUUGUUUAUUGCCUGGGCAGCCCAGGACCUCCAUACACGCUGCCCAGGCUUGUGGCAGGGAGAGGUCACUUCAGUGCUGCUAAUCCAGCAAAAACAACGCAAGAGGCAGCAGUUAUGAGUUGCCAGUCUCUGCAGCCCCAGCAGGUGCUGUGAUUUUCCACUGGUUUGACUUUGCCCCUGAAGGUACACUCCAUUGCCUCUCAAGACAGGUAGAUGCCCAACAACAACAAGAAACGAUUUUCACUGAUUUUCAUAUUGUGUUUUCAUUUUUUUAAAAAAUGUAUUUUAUCUACAACAUGGAUCAGAGAAUACAAUUUGCACAAUGAUAAAUUGCAGUAUAAUGAACACAGUUCCUUAAGAUGAAUAGUCAAGGAGUUUCAGAAAAUGGGAACAAAAUUAUUAUUAUUAUUUGGUUUACUUCCUUCCCUUCACACCUAGGUUACAGGGCAGGUUACAGCGAUUUAAAACACAACAUGAAUCGUAGUAUCAUAGAAUUGUAGAGUUGGGUCAUCCAGUUUAACCCCCUGCGAUGCAGAGAUCUCAACCAAAGCACCCAUGACAGAUGACCAGCCAACCUCUGCUUAAAAACCUCCAAUGAAGGAGGUUUGAAAUAAAGUACAAUCAACUGAGCAAGGGACGCGGGUGGCGCUGUGGGUUAAACCACAGAGCCUAGGACUUGCUGAUCAGAAGGUUGGUGGUUCGAAUCCCUGCAACGGGGUGAGCUCCCGUUGCUUGGUCCCUGCUCCUGCCAACCUAGCAGUUCAAAAGCACGUGAAAGUGCAAGUAGAUAAAUAGGUACCGCUCCGGAGGGAAGGUAAACGACGUUUCCGUGCACUGCUCUGGUUUGCCAGAAGCUGCUUAGUCAUGCUGACCACAUGACCCAGAAGCUGUAUGCCAGCUCCCUUGGCCAAUAAAGCGAGAUGAGCGCCGCAACCCCACAGUCGGUCACAACUGGACCUAAUGGUCAGGGGUCCCUUUACCGCUUUACCUUUUACAAUCAACUGAAUAGGGUGAGUCCUUAAAAAAUGGCCUCCCAGCCUCCUCCUUUUCCUUCUUCCAGUUGCUUCUUUAGAGUGUGAGAUUUGUUUGAGCAAUGGCACCCACUGUACAGGACCUAAGAAGACCUGCCCUCUGGAGAAAAAUGCCUGCAUGAUCGCAUACACUGAAAAUACUGUAGGUGAGUGGGAGAGAGAUUAUUGAAGCAGAAGUGGAGUCAGAUUAUUGGUACAUUUUGCUCAGUACUGUCUAUGCUGGCUGGUCCCAUGACCUCAGACAGAGAAUCCCUCUCCCAGUCUUACCUGGAGAUGGCAGGGGCUGGGAUGUUCUGCAUCCACAGCAGGUGUUCUAACACUAAGCUAUGGCCUUUACCGUGAUGGCAGAGGGCAAAGGACAGGAUCAGUCAAAGUCACUUACUACUAGUAUUGUAUGGGCCCUCUGCCUUGUUAAUUAUCUCUAGCAAACCACCCCAGGGAACAAACUAAUUGACCCAUGCCUUCAGUCUGACACAGACUAAGGUGAUUUAAGGGCCAAUUAAGUGUAGCUGCUCUGCUUUAAUAGUGGGUUUCAGUGGGUUUGAUGCUACCCCGCUGGGUGCCACAAGAACCCAUUGCUACCAGAUUCCAGGCAGCAAAUGGAGUAGGUGGCUGUGGCAAUCACACAGGGUCCCCGGACGUUUGACGGUCUAUUGAUCCCUGUGCCACCACUAUGAUCACUUUCCUGCUGCCACCAACCUGUUUCUCUCGGGUACACACUGAGUCCAGACAGUUGUUAACAUCAAAACAAAUAAUCAAGUUUAUUUUAUAAGCGUGAACAAGUUUAUGGUUUCAGAUAAUUUUUCUUGUCAGUUUCUUAUCCUUAGUUCCUAUACCGGCCUAUACCUUCCUAAUAACUUUUAACUGAUUACAGUGGUGCCCCGCAAGACGAAUGCCUUGCAAGACGAAAAACUCGCUAGACGAAAGAGUUUUCCGUUUUUUGAGUUGUUCCGCAAGACGAAUUUCCUUAUGGGCUUGCUUCGCAAGACGAAACAUCUUGCGAGUUCUUGCGAGUUUGUUUCCUUUUUAUUAAAGCCGCUAAGCCGCUAAUAGCCGUGCUUCGCAAGACGAAAAAAACGCAAGACGAAGAGACUCGCGGAACGGAUUAAUUUCAUCUUGCGAGGCACCACUGUAUUCCAACUGUCUAUCAGACUCCUCCUAACAGUUUCUCUCAUUCUCACACAUCAAAACUAGACCAACCCACAGACUUAUCCUCCCUCUUCCUUCUCCAACUCCCAACUGACUUCCAAACAACUCCAACUGUAACUCUAACUCCUCCCCUUGGGUUCCCACUGGCCAAUCACUUCACACUCAUUUAACCCUUUCCUUAUGACCCACCUAGGAGGGCAAACGCCACAGUGGCGUCUUAGAAAAUGAGGAAUAGAAGGUGCCUUACAGCACCCAGAUUGGAUUGGACAUUGGUUCGAGAAGGAUUAGGCUUCAGCACCAAGAUACACAAUAAAUAGCCACUUCCUCAAAUCCAGUCACAUCCUGAAGUGACUAACAGACAAGAUUGAAUACAACAUAGGACUACGCUGGAGGAAUAGACAAUACUAGCCACAGAUUUUUCAGAAGGAUCAAUAAUGUCACAUGCUUUUCUUAGCUUUGCCAAACCCUGUCUACAGCCUUGCAAGCAGCCAUGAACAAUGUGAUGUCUUCUGGAGGCUGUACAGGUCUUUGCAAUAUGACUUUCUUUUUAAAUCAACCAGUAUUGAUAUUUUUGAUGAUGUUUUUAUGGAUGCUUUUGCCGAUUUGCUUUUAACGUCUAUCGUUUAUCACCUUUGUAUAUUAUAAUGAAAGUGUGGAUUACAAACAAACAAACAAACCAAUAUUUUGGACAACAGCUCCCAUCAGCACCAGCCGCAAUAGCCAAUGGGCAGGGAUGAUGGGGAACUGUGGUCCACAAUAUCUCAAGGUGACCGUGCUGGGGUCUGCCCCUGUUUUAAGGAAUGAACUAACUCUGGGAAUCAUUUGUAGGAGUUGUUAAACCAUUUCUGCUUCUCUACCCACACCCUGCCUCAGAUUUAGAAAUCUUAAGAACUAAAGAAAAAAAAUACUGAAAAAUCAAUGAUGUGUUUUGUUGUGAAUUGGCCAGAACAAUUCUCACUCCUUUGGGAAAAUAUAACACAACAUGCUACAUUUGGAAGACACUAUAUCCGUCUCUGAUGCAGAAAUGUGGAGAACUGAAUAAGAUUCGGAAAAGAGAGAAAAUCCAAAACCGACAUAUUCACCCAUUCCUAAUCUUUACAUCAUCCUUCCAAACACAACCCUGCUCAUCAUCUUGAUGACUGAAUAAAAUGGAAGCCUGUCUGGCAUGCUGGUUUAAGGUGUUGGAUUACGGCUGGGGAGACCAAUGAAGCUGAUUGGAUGACCUUGGCCCAAUCUCACAGACUAACCAGUCCUGAGGAUGGAAUGGGGUGAACCAUGUCAGCUGACAUGCAUUCCUAGGAGGAAAGGUGGGAAGCAAAGGUGGUAAAAUGAAAUUAACCAUCUCCCUCCCCCCCCAUCUUCCAUUGCAGAUGGAAAAAAGGAACAUACUAUAGACAAAGACUGUGCAACUGCUAACAUCUGUACCAGUUCCGCCAUUGAAUUGUACUUUGGACCUGGAAGAUUCAUGAGGACAGUUGUGUACUGUUGCAUCGAAAAUUUGUGCAAAAAAUUUGAAUCCAAAUGUGGGUAUAUAAUGGGGUUGGGGGCUAGCUCCUCUCCCCAAUCUUCUUCCCCUCGCCAUGUCCUUCCUUCCACCUGUUCCCUGAAGCCAGGUGUGCACAUGUGACAUGCCCUUGAGUCUCUGAUUUCUGUAAAUGUGGAAGUGGCCUUUAACCUUCAAAGCUACUAGCUGCUUUCCCUAUGAAUAUAUCUUGCCCUUUUCACAACCACCUUGAAGGUAGAUAUAAUUAGCUGUGCUUUGGCCUAGUAGUGGCUGGUGCUACUUGGGACCUGCAGGGAGUGCAAAGCAGAGAGUUAUGGUCCUGUUCCUUCUCACUCCUUCUCAGCGGCAAUGCUGAGAAUAAGGAGGAGGAAGCUGCCACAGCCAGUUCCCCCUACUGGGUGUAAGCAGGAAGGUUGGGAAAUGGAAGAUGGCUGAAGGCUGAAAGAGUUUGGUCAGGCAGCAUAUCCUCCUUCUACAACCGGGGCUGGGCUGUCCAUGAGGAAACGUGAAGUGACCGCCUUGGUCAGUGGGAUCCACAGGGGCACCAAAACCCAAUGUAGAUCUUACUUUCCCCCUUGUUCCCGAUCUAGAUAUUCCCUGGUGGAGAUGGGUGCGCCAUUUUGUGGCUCCCUGUAAGGUGCCAAAACGUCUUGGGCCGGUCCUGUCCACAGCUGUAAACAACCGAGCUGCCUCCUCCAAACCCUUAAGCGUUUCCACACCUUGUUUUCAGUUCCACCGAUUGAAACCAGAAUGAACGGAAAGCAGUGCCCUGCCUGCCACGUGUGGUCGGACACGUGCAAAGAAGAGAUGGUGAACUGCACAGGACACAACGUGUACUGCUUUGACGUGUCUUCGCAUUCACAUGCCCGUAAGCGUUGGCCCAGACAUUGCAUCCCUUGAAGUCCACAUCCUCCCCACCAAUUUUCUAGGUUAUGUAUCAUCAUCAUCUUCUUCUUUGGUGAUCCCUCGUAGCCGAGUGAGAUUGUCUUCCAUAAACAUGGUUUUAACAAUGAGUCCGUAAGUGACUGUGGAGGCCAAUUCUGGAUCCACACGUCCUUCCACAGUGGGGGCAUUGGUUUCCAGACAGGAGUUGAUCAAGGUGUGGAUUUGCCAAGCGUGCCUUCCUCCUAGCACGUUUCUCCCUUGCGUCCUGAGUUCAAGUGUCUUCAAAGCCUAUAACACCUUUGGUAAAGGCUGUUCUCCAAUUGGAGCGCUCGCAGGCCAGUGUUUCCCAGUUGUCAGUGUUUAUACUACAUUUUUUAAGAUUUGCCUUGAGACAGUCUUUAAACCUCUUUUGUUGACCACCAGCAUUACACUUUCCAUUUUUAAAGUUCAGAAUAGAGUAGUUGCUUUGGAAGACAAUAUCAUCAGAUAUAAUCAUCACAUAUAAUCUGAGCCAUGCUGAGUUCAGAGGAACAAGCAGACUGCUGCUAUUCCCUUCCAUAAGAUGCGUUUUUAAAAAAAUAAAAAACCCUACCUCUUAUCUUCUGAGUUAAAUCACACAGGCGGCUUCUUUCAGCUGUUUCUCAUGUAAAUGCUUUGGUUGCAUAUAGUUAGAAAGCUGCCUGCCAAAAUUUGCAUCAUGCUAAUUUUUGCUUUGCUGUUCUCCAACCCGGGAAUGUCUAUGAAAAUGCAUUUAUUGGGUGUAAACUAUGGAAGAAGAAAUAUGCAUAUUAGUAAAAAUCACAUACAAAAUGCAUUCUAUUAGGUAAAUUUUCAAAAUAUAGAAAGGUGUAUAUUUGGCAAAAUUUGCCUAUAACCCAGUGUAUAUUGGAGGAAAGACUGAAAUGGUCAUGAGUUUUCAUGGGGAAUAUUUCAUGGGGAAAAUAGCAAUCUGAUGUGCAAAUGUGGAGAACUGAAUUUAAGACUGGAAAAAUGAGAAACUGAGAUGGACUGAUUUGCUCAUCCUUACACUGGACCAUCAUUGAGCUCCACUAUCCAGGAAAAACGUGCGAUUUGGAGAAUAGCUAAAAGGCGUUAUGAUUCCCAUAAUCCCCUCUCUUCUCUUCCAUUUCCAGAAACAAACAGUGUGGACAGAACCAUGAAAGGCUGUACUACUAAGUCUGUCUGUUCCUCAAUAAGAAGUGGCCGCAGUCCCAUUUUGGGAAAUUCUGAUCUGAUUAGGAGGGCGACAUGCAUUCCAGAGGUUUCUCGGGGAUCUCGGUGCUCUGGCUUUCUCCUACCAACCUUCUCUGGGCUCCUCCUGCUCUUGAAGAUCCUCGUGUAAAGGGAGGGUUGCAUGAGCUCUGCCUUCAAUCAAGCCUUCCACCUAUCUAUAGGCGACUUUUUCAUACUUCGGUUGGGCCUCCCAGAUGGAUUUUCUCUGAUUCACUGAGUGAAAAUAAACCUCAGGUUGAAAUCAAUUGCAAUUGGAAUUGGGGGUUUUCUUCUCUUGUGUUUUGUGUAAGGAAACAUUUUUUUCUUACAAAAUGUUUAAGGGUGCUCUCAUUUUGACUCAAGAAAAACACCAUUUUAUAAGCCGCCAUCGGGGGUAGCAACCGAACUGACAAUUCACCAUGCUAGAGAAAAAAACUUAAUUUUUUUAGUUUCUUCUCCUGUUAGAUUCACAAAAUGUUUAGGGGUAUGUGUAUCCCUGCUUCCCCCCAGGAAAAAAAAGCGCUGAAUUAUACAUUACUGCCAUGUUGGCUCAUUUAGUGUUUUCAGUCGAUAUCUAACUCUACUUCCUCAGAUGUUUUUAAGCAGUGGUUAGAUGGCCAUCUGUCAUGGAUGCUUUUGCUGAGAUUCCUGCAUUGCAGGGGGUUGGACUAGAUGACCCUUAGGGUCCCUCCCAACUCUACAAUCCUAUGAUUCGAACUGCCACAGUGGCUCCUUUAAAGUUUUCAAUCAAUAUACCCUGUCCAUAAGCAUUCUUCCAAUGUUGAUGGCAUUAAAACAUUUUUUUAUUAUUAAUAAAAGGAAAAGGAGACAAAAUAGUGCCAAAUGUAUCUUUUUUGGAAAUGCCUUUGACUACUCAACGUGUGAGGUGUUCUGACAGAGCUAUGUUCCAGAUCAACCUAAGCCUCAAUUAGUCUAUUAGAAACUUCCUUCCAUUGCUGGGCAAUAGCUUGGCUGCUGUGAACAAGGAGGAAAUAAAUUCUUUAGAUGUGAGAGUAGAAUUUGGAAUCACCUCUGGCUUCUAUGGAAUCUUAGGGGGGUUUCCUAAUAAAAGUCAUCUUAGGAGGCAUGGAAUCUUAAAGGCUUAUACAUCUGCUGUUGGGAGGUAAGCUGAACUCUGGUUUAAAUCCAGUUAUUUUCUUUUCACAAGAACCGAAGGACCUGAGAAGAGCCUUAAUGAAUAUCUAGUUUGGCACACUCUUUUCCACUGUGGCUAUUCUGUGUGCUCCUGGAAACUCAAAAGUUUCCCGAUAGACUCAGCCCAAAAGCAGGGCACAAGCACUUUAUCCUUUUCCCAUCCCCAGAUGACUACUAUUCAAAGGUGUGCUGCCCUGAUACUGGAGGAAACGUGUGACCAUAAUAGCUAGUGGCCGCUGAUAGCUUUAAAGGUAAAGGUAAAGGGACCCCUGACCAUUAGGUCCAGUCGUGACCGACUCUGGGGUUGCGGCGUUCAUCUCGCUUUAUUGGCCGAGGCAGCCAGCGUACAGCUUCCGGGUCAUGUGGUCAGCAUGACUAAUCCGCUUCUGGUGAACCAGAGCAGCGCACGGAAACGCCGUUUACCUUCCCACCAGAGCGGUACCUGUUUAGCUACUUGCACUUUGACGUGCUUUCAAACUGCUAGGUUGGCAGGAGCAGGGACCGAGCAACGGGAGCUCACCCCGUCGUGGGGAUUCGAACUGCCGACCUCCUGAUCAGCAAGUCCUAGGCUCUGUGAUUUAACCCACAGCGCCACCUGUGUCCCUUACUGAUAGCUUUACCCUCCCUGAAUUUGUUUAUUUUUUUAAAAAAAAUGAUUUUUAUUAAGGUUUCAGUAAAAAGUUAAACAGAAAAACAUAAAAAAGAAAUACACAAAUACACAGUACAUAAUCCAAAAAAAGAAGAAAAACACAGAGAACAGAAAACAAAGAAAGAAACAGAACAAUUAAAAACAAUAUCACCUUUUCAUUUCCGUUUUUAAAUUUACUUAUUUUCUGGACUUCCUCAUACCUCCCUCUUUUGUAUUCCAGUCCAAAUUGUUUGUCCAGCAAUUUCUUUUCCACUUUUUAAUCCCAAUCUUUAAUCUUAAUGUAAUAUAGCAUUAAAAUUUUACCUCUUAAGUACCAAAUUUCCAUUUCCUUAAACUUCUUUAAUCCUAAUCUUUAAUCUUAGUCUAUCUAUAACUUUAUCCUGUAUAGCUGGAAACCACUUAUUUUCAAUCCAACAUCACUCUAACAUUCUUUAAUUUUGCAGUGUUUCUGUAGAUAAUCUUUGAAUUUCUUCCAAUCUUCCUCCACCGACUCUUCUCCCUGGUCACGGAUUCUGCCAGUCAUUUCCGCCAGUUCCAUAUAGUCCAUCAGUUUCAUCUGCCAUUCCUCCAGCGUGGGAAGUUCUUGUGUCUUCCAAUAUUUUGCGAUGAGUAUUCUUGCUGCUGUUGUUGCAUACAUAAAGAAAGUUCUAUUCUUUUUUAACACCAUUUGGCCGACUAUGCCCAGGAGAAAGGCCUCUGGUUUCUUAGGAAAGGUAUAUUUGAAUACCUUUUUUAAUUCAUUAUAUAUCAUUUCCCAGAAAGCCUUAAUCUUUGGGCACGUCCACCAAAGGUGAAAAAUGUACCUUCAGUUUCUUUACAUUUCCAACAUUUAUUAUCGGGCAAAUGAUAGAUUUUUGCAAGCUUGACUGGGGUUAUGUACCACCUGUAUAUCAUUUUCAUAAUAUUCUCUCUUAAGGCAUUACAUGCCGUAAAUUUCAUACCUGUGGUCCACAACUGUUCCCAGUCAGCAAACAUAAUGUUAUGUCCAACGUCUUGUGCCCAUUUAAUCAUAGCCGAUUUUACCGUUUCAUCCUGAGUGUUCCAUUUCAGCAGCAAAUUAUACAUUCUUGACAAAUUCUUAGUUUUGGGUUCUAACAGUUCAGUUUCUAAUUUUGAUCUUUCCACCUGGAAGCCAAUUUUCUUGUCCAAUUUAAAUGCCUCCAUUAUCGGUGAAUAAUGAAGCCAGUCUCGCACGUUAUUUUUUAGGUUCUCAAAACUCUGCAGGUGCAGUCUAUCUCCAGCUUGUUCCAACAGUUCCCAAUAUUUCGGCCAUUUGACCUCCAUAUUGACCUUUUCAAGGCUUUUGCUUCCAUUGGUGACAGCCACCUUGGGGUUUUAUUUUCUAACAAAUCCUUAUAUCUUAUCCAAACAUUAAACAGCGCUUUCCUGACAAUGUGGUUUUUAAAUGCUUUAUGUGCUUUGACCUUAUCAUACCAUAGAUAUGCAUGCCAUCCAAAUACAUUGUUAAAACCUUCUAAGUCCAAAAUGUCAGUGUUUUCAAGAAGUAGCCAUUCUUUCAGCCAGCAAAAAGCUGCUGAUUCAUAGUAAAGUUUGAGGUCUGGCAGGGCAAAUCCACCUCUUUCCUUUGCAUCCGUUAGUAUUUUAAAGUUUAUUCUGGGCUUCUUGCCCUGCCAGACAAAUCUAGAAAUAUCUUUCUGCCACCUCUUGAAACAAUCCAUUCUGUCCACAAUUUGCAAAGUUUGAAACAAAAACAACAUUCUAGGCAAUACAUUCAUUUUUAUCGCAGCAAUACGGCCCAGCAGUGAAAGCUUCAAAUUUACCCUCCCUGAAUUUGGUUAACCCCUGUUCAAAUCCAUCUAAAUCGAUGGUUAUACCCACAUCUUUUGGCAGCAGAUGCCAUAGUCUGAUGACACACUGUUUGAAAAAGGACUUCUACUCUUGUCUUUUCCCGAAUCUUUUCUUCCUCCAGGUACUAAAGGUUAGGUGUGAGAGGAAGAAAAACCUCUCUCAGGAUGCAAACAUUUCUCAGUUUUCUUUCUUCUUCUUUUGUACUGCUUAGUUAUUCCUGGGGAUGACACGUACUUAUAAUCAGUGGCGAUGGUUGUAGCUCAACGUUAGAGCUAGAGGUGGGAAGGCCUGGGAAAAAACCUGGAAAAAUUGGGGGGGGGAACGGGUUUCCCCGUGUUUUUCCCCAGAAAAAUUGAAAGAUAUAGUUUGAAUAUUCCACACACUCCCCCCCUUUUUUCCUGGGGAGAAAAACGGCUUUGGGGAAAAAACACAGAAUAAAACCUAUCCGCCCCCCCCAUCCGUCCCCCCCGGCCUUCCAGCACCCACACUUUGAAGCUCCCUGCCAACUGAUGCAAGGCAGGUGCUCUCACUGUAAUCUUUCCAGCAACUGCUCAAAACAUUUUCGUUAGGGCCAGCCCAUCUGAACACAUAGAAGCUGCAUGCGAUUUACUUCCUUUUAACCACUGCUGACUUUAAUCAUCUUUUGAAUACUCUUAAAUACUUGCUUUUAACUGUGUGCUAUCAAUCAUUUAAUGUUCUGUUGUAUAUUUUUGUAAAGUGUUUAGAAGCUCUCUUAGCAUCAUGCGGUUUAUAAUAUAUAAUAACAAAUUCAAUUUAAAAAACACUUUCAAACAGAGUUUGAGCCUUAGUGCAACAUACUACAGUACAGUGGUACCUCGGGUUAAGUACUUAAUUCGUUUCAGAGAUCCGUUCUUAAGCUGAAACUGUUCUUAACCUGAAGCACCACUUUAGCUAAUGGGGCCUCCUACUGCUGCCAUGCCGCAGGAACACAAUUUCUGUUCUCAUCCUGAAGCAAAGUUCUUAACCCGAGGUACUAUUUCUGGGUUAACGGAGUCUGUAACCUGAAGCGUAUGUGACCUGAAGCAUAUGUAACCCGAGGUACCACUGUAGUACCACCGUUCAGCCUGGACACUGAGGUCCAGCUCCGAGGGCCUUCUGGUGGUUCCCUCCCUGCGAGAAGUGAGGUUACAGGGAACCAGGCAGAGGGCCUUCUUGGUAGUGGUGCCCGCCCUGUGGAACGGCCUCCCAUCAGAUGUCAAGGAAAUAAACAACUAUCUGACUUUUAGAAGACAUCUGAAGGCAGCCCUGUUUAGGGAAGUUUUGAAUGUUUGAUGUUUUAUUGUGUUUUUAAUAUUCUGUUGGGAGCCACCCAGAGGAACCUCUUCAAGAUCCUCUGGGCAUUUUACCCAGGUCAGCUGACUGGGCUCCCCCGCCCCUGUUGUUUCAGGUCCUUUUCAGCCAGGGUAUUCAAUUCACCUCGGACACAGUUUCUCUGGCUCUCCCCUCACCAUCACCAUGCAGGAUCUCCUGAAACUCUCUAUCUUCUUUGUCCUCCUUACAACAGGUAUGGAAGGACGGCUCACUCGCGGGAGAUUUAUUCCAUUGGGGUAGCUGGGGUCAGAUGCAAAUUGGCAUCACGAGACUGGCAAGAGUAUAAGACGGAAGGCAUAUCCAAGAUCUUUUUAAUCUUUAAUUAUUAUUUUUUAAAAUUUGAUUUAUUUUUAAAAGAAACAGCUUUGGAAGCAAUUUAGAAUAUGGCAUUAAUAACCAUUUUCAAUAAAGCGUAAUCACACAAAUAGGGUUAGUCAUUUUUUUUAAAAAAGGCCUUCCACCUUCCUCUUUCUCCAGGAGCUUCUCUAACAUGUGAAGUUUGUUCGGCUGAAGGAUAUAUCUGCAAUGGCACGUGGACGCCCUGCCCUCCCGAGAAAGAUACCUGCAUGAUUGCAUACUCCGAAAAUACUCUACGUGAGUGGAAUUGAGGUUAUUGAAACAUAGGUAGAGUCAGAACGUUGGUCCACAUGGCUCAGUAUGGUCUAUGCGGACCUGUCCAGGAUCUCAGACAGGGAAUCUCCAAGUCCUACCUGGUGAUGCUGGGGAGGGAACUUGGGAUCUUCUGCAUCCACAGCAGGUGGUCUACCACUGAGCUAUGACCUCAGGACAAGUGGGCACAGGACAAGAUCAGCCAAGGUCACUGACUGUUAGGGCAGGGAUUGCGUGUUGGACGGGUCCUCGUCUCAUGUUAUCUUCAGUAAUCACCUCAGUGAACAAGCUGAUUGAGUCAUGCCUUAAAUCUUGGCAUCUACUGUUCUAACGGCCCAUUAGUUUUCAGGUCCAAUUCAAAGCACUGGUUUGGACCUAUCAAGCCUUAAACAGCUCAGGACUGCAAUACCUCAAGGACCACCUCUUUCCAUACAUACUGAUGCAGACACUGUGGUCAUCAUCUGAGGCCCUUCUUCAUGAGCCUCCUUUGCGAGAGGUCUGGAGGGCAGCAACAUGGGAACAGGCCUUUUCUGUGGUGGCUCCCCAUUUGCGGAAGUCCGCUCACUCUUCUUGUUUAAAUGUUUCUUUGGUUGUCCUUGAAUCUUCACGACAUGCUUGCUACACUGGUUUAGAGUGUUGGAAGGGACACGGAUGGCGCUGUGGUCUAAACCACUGAGCCUCUUGGACUUGCUGAUUGGAAUUUCAGUGGUUCGAAUCACUGUGACAGGGUGAGCUCCCUUUGCUUUGUCCCAGCUCCUGCCAACCUAGCAGUUCGAAAGCAUGCCAGUGCAAGUAGAUAAACAGGUACCACUGAGGUGGGAAGGUAAACGGCAUUUCCGUGUGCUCUGGUUUCCGUCACGGUGUCCUGCUGCACCAGAAGCAGCUUAGUCAUGCUGGCCACAUGACCUGGAAAGCUGUCUGUGGACAAACGCUGGCUCCCUCGGCCUGAAAACGAGAUGAGCGCCACAACCCCAUAGUCGCCUUUGACUGGACUUAACCAUCCAGGGGUCCUUUACCUUUUUACCUAGUGUGUUAGACUAAGGCUGGGGAGACCAAAGAAGCUUAUUGGGUGAUCUUGGCCCGAUCUCUCAGUCUAACCAUGGAGUCUGACUUGAGUUCUUUGGAGGAACAGGUGGGAUAUUAAUGUAGGAAAUGCAGUGAAAUCAAAUUGACCCACUCCCUCUCAUUGUAGGUGAAAACGUUGAACGCAGUGUAGACAAAGACUGUGCCACUCUGGAGGAGUGUGCCAAUACUGCCAUGGAAUUGUACUUUGGACCUGGGAAAGCCUUAAGGAUAGUUGCCUCCUGCUGCAAUGAGAAGAUGUGUGGCAUAGUUAACCCUAAUUGUAGGUCUAUCAUUUGUUGGUGUGUGUGUGUGUGUGUGUGUGUGUGUUUGAUCCUCUCCCCAUGCUUCCCCCCCCACAAUGGCAUCUCAGAUUCAAACCCUGACAUUUCCAGAUAGGGAGCAAAAUAUCUUAGAAAUACCAAUUUCUUUAUAUCUAGAGAUGAAAGCAAAGCACUGCCUCUCCAAACCACUUGCAUUGCAGCCUGAGGCUGUGCUCUUGGAGAGAGCUUAAACAUCCUUUCUCUUCGGUGCUUCAGAACCAAGAGCUAAUUCGCACGCCCAAAAUGGAGACCUGUAACACAAUCCUUUCUCGUGUGAUCUUAGUUAAACACCUCGUGGCAGAGUUGCGGAAGGGGAGGAGGAGAAAGGCACGGUUCUGGCGUCCUUCCUGUUGGGGGAGGGAUUCUGAGUCGGACUGAGCAACUCCUUUGCCGAGAGAGGGUGGGAAGUUUUGCUGUGGAGAUGUUUGUGUUUUUUGUAAAUAAAUGUACAUAAAGCUGACGGACAGAGCCGUCUUUAGCAUAUGCUCCGCCGGGAUGCAAAGAUUCGCCCAGUAUCCCCAAAUUUAGUUUAGCCACCCCCAAAUUUUAAGGGGGGGGUGAGCUCAAAGUUAUUGAGCUUUUUGGGGGAGGGGGUGGAAAUAACUGCUUUUGUUUCCUGACUUGUCAUAUUUGACGCUACGGAGUAAGUAACAGAGCAAAGGGGUGAGGGGGCAGGGACUUUCGCUCCAUUGCUUUCCACUGCCGCCAAUCGAGAGGGACCGGUAUACAGUAGGUAUACAUUUGGUGCCACUCAGAAUUCAGCGCCCGGGUGCCCUGCACCCCUUGGACCUCCUGGGUAAAGACGGCCCUGCUUAAAGGAGACUCAUUACUGCUUAGCGGACUGGUUGCAUGCCAGGGAUCAUUAGGCGGAAGUCAGAAUGGAGCUGGAUGGGCAGCACACCAUCUGCCUCCAAAGUUGUAAACUCUGAGCUGCCUCUUUCAGAUCCUUGAGUGUUUCUACACCUGUUUUCAGUGCCGCCAUUAGAAACGAAAUGGAAUGGAAAGCAGUGCCUUGCCUGCCACGAAUGGUCAAACACAUGCAAAGAGGAGGUGGUGAAUUGCACGGGAGCCAAUAUAUACUGCUUUGAUAUAUCGGCACACCUGCAUUCUGGUAAGUGCAACCCCAGUUGCAGCAUGACUUGGGACCCCAAAUCCUCCUUUCCACCUAUUUUCACAUAGGAUCAUGUGUAAGCCGAGCCAGGCUGAUUUAAGGCAUGCCACUCUUCACUUCCCUAAGACGUGAGCUUUUAUAGAAAACAAAAUACCUACCUCUAAUUCUCUUAUUUAAAUUGCUCCCAUUGUGUUUGCUUCGUACGUGAAUGCUUUGAUCUCAUUUUGCAACACAAAAUUUUGUCCUUCGCAAUUGGCACUUUGCUAAAUUUCAUUGUGCAGUUCUCCAACCAAGGCGUGUGUACAAAAACGCAUUCUGUUAGGGUAAUUUGCUAUUAUUAUUAUUAUUAUUACAGUACAGUGGUGCCCCGCAAGACGAAUGCCUCGCAAGACGGAAAAACCGCUAGACGAAAGGGUUUUCCGUUUUGAAGUUGCUUCACAGGACGAAUUCCCCUAUGGGCUUGCUUCGCAAGACGAAAAUACCUUGCGAGUCUUGAGAUUUUUUUUUUCGCUUUCCCCCCCCUUUAUCUAAUCUGCUAAGCCUUUAAUAGCCUUUAAUAGCCUUUUAGCAGCUAAUCCCCUAAGCCUUUAAGCCUUUAAUAGCCGCUAAACCGCUAAUAGCGCUAAUAGCGCUAAUCCGUCAAUGGGCUUGCUUCGCAAGACGAAAAAACCGCUAGACGAAGACUCUCGCGGAACGGAUUAAUUUCGUCUUGCGAGGCACCACUGUAUUGGCAAAAUUGCAUGCAAACGUGUGUGUAUUGGGAGAAACAUACUAAAUUUGUGGUGCGUUUUCAUGGGGGAUGUUAAAAAAAUGCAAAGUGAUAUGAAAAUGUGGAGAACUCGAUUUAAGAUUGGAGAAAAGAGAAACUGAAAUUGACAUAUUUGCUCAUCCCCACAGGGUUGAUAGCCAUUUUUUUAAAGCUCCAUUCCUUAAGUACCAGAUUUGUUUAGUGGCAAGGAGGGGGUAAAUUUCAUCUAGGUGGGAUGUACUGGUUUGGAGAAUAGCUGGAAGAAAUUAAUGUCUUCUCCUGUCUUCCAUUUCCAGAAAAAAUCGUGGACAGGACCCUUAAAGGCUGCACUAGUAAGUCCUUCUGUCUCUCACUCAAAAGUGGCCGCGCUCCUAUGUUGGGGGGUUCUGAUGAGCUUAGGAAGGCAGAAUGUUCACCAGAUGUUUCCCGGGGAGUUCAGUGCUCUGAUCUCUUCCUGCCAACCUUCUCUGGGCUCCUGCUCCUGAAGAUCCUCUCAUAAAAAAAUCCAGCUGCAUGGGAUUGCAUCAGCUCUGUAUUCAAUCAAGCCUCCCUUCUAUCUAUAGGCGACUUUUUCCAACUGUCGUUUGGCCUUCCGGAGGGAUUUUCUCUGAAUCACAGUGAAAAUAAACCUCAGGUUGAAAUCCGUUGCAAUUUGAAUUGUAAUUCUUUUUUUUUUAAAAAAAAUGUAAUUUGUGUCAAGACCCCCAUUGUUCAGCCCAGACAUUGAGAUCCAGCUCCGAGGGCUUUCUGGCGGUUUCCUAACUGCAAGAAAUGAAGUGUCAACCAUGGCAACAUUGAAGUUGUGUAAGGAGCUUGAUUGUUACAGCUGUGUCAGUACAUCGUCAUGGAAGGGGGGUGGGUCUGAGAAGCUCUGGGAGUCUGCUGGCUGAGGCUGAUUGAACUUAUUGAGCAGAAUCACUUUCAGGGUUGGUGUUAGACUCUGGAUAUUAGACAUCGUCUGAAUCACCAAGGGCUAAGUCCCAGGUUUUUUUGUGGUAGCAGGGGAGUUAUUGACAGACUUUGGUGGUCUGCCCCAUGUGGCUAUAGCAAUAAUAAUAAUUUAUUAUUUAUACCCCACCCGUAUGUCUGGGUUUCCCCAGCCACUCUGGGCGGCUUCCAACAAAGUAUUAAAAUACAGUGGUCUGUUAAACAUUAAAAGCUUCCCUAAACAGGGCUGCCUUCAGAUGUCCUCUAAAAGUCUGGUAGUUGUUCUUCUCUUUGACAUCUGGUGGGAGGGUGUUACACAGGGCGGGUGCCACUACUGAGAAGGCCCUCUGCCUGGUUCCCUGUAACUUGGCUUCUUGCAGUGAGGGAACCCUCAGCGCUGGACCUCAGUGUCCGGGCAGAAUAAUGGGGGUGGAGACACUCCUUCAGGUAUACUGGACCGAGGCCGUUUAGGGCUUUAAAGGUCAGCACCAACACUUUAAAUUGUGCUCGGAAACAUACUGGGAGCCAAUGUAGAUCUUUCAAGACUGGUGUGUCUUGAAAUAUAGGGCUCUAUUCUCCCUUGACGGGUCUCAAGUCAUCCAAGCUUGGUACUUGAGGGAGCAGCUAGGGCUGACCAAUGGCAGAGUGGAUUGUCAUCUCCCUUUCAUAGCCUCCCACAGCUGUCUGGUUGAUUCCAUGCCAAGGAAGGCACCCGUCUGUUGUGGUGACUUACGGUUCUGUCACUUUAAGAGAUGUGGAAUCUUAAAGGCCUACGUGUCAGUUACUGGAGGUAGGUUGAACAGGAGUUUAAAUGCAGUUCCUUCCUUUUCAUAACAACAGAAGGAGCUGAGAAGAACCCUACUGAGUCAGGGGAGAGCAGACUUCCACGAGUGGUGGUGGACUUUCCUUCCUUGGAGGGUUUUGAGCAGAAAACCAUGGCCACCUGCCAUGGAUGAUUUAGUUGAGAUUUCUGCACCGCAAAGGGGUUGGACUGGAUGACCCUCUGGGUCCCUUCCAACUCUACAGUUCUAUGAUAGACCCAAAGCAUACCUAGCCUAGCAUCAUCUUUUGCACGGUGGCCAACCUGGUGCCUCUGGAAGCCCACCAUGGUCAAUGGCCAGGGAUGAUCGGAGCAGUAGCUCAAGAACAAGUGACAGGCUACAGGUCUCCCAUCCUUGGUGUAAAUGCACACUGGUGAAAGCUGCCAGUUGUCAAACAUGCUUCCUCUGGCUGUCAUUACAGGCUCUUUGAGCCAAAGAAGUUGAUUCGUCACAUGUAUUUCUCAUCAUCAUUACCAUGCAGGAUCUCCUGAGGCUCUUCCCCUUCUUUGUGAUUCUAACUACAGGUAAGGAGACGCUGGAAGCCUACUGGAGAUUUUCUUUUCUUUUCUUUUACAGUGGGGUAAAUAGGGCCAGGGCCAAAUUGAGGUCGCUCAGGGUUGGCAUCAGUAGUUGGCAUUGUUGGGCAACUGUGGAGGCUCACGCCUGUUUGGGAACCCAGUGCUGAUUCCCAGGGCAUCCUGGUUCUGCUCUUUCUCCUUACUGCCCCCCCCCACGGUUCCCCUGCCCUCUCUCAGCAUUCCAGCAAUGGCCAGAGGAAGGACAUGAGGCAGCAGCUGCCACCUGCUUUGUGCUCUCUCUUGCGUGGAUUAGGGCCAGAGGGCAUGUGAAUGGGCAGAGAAAGGAGGAGGUAGGGAUGGGGCAGAAACUGGGCUAAGCUUGCAUUUAAUAUAAUAAUAACAAUAAUAAUUUAUACUCCACCCAUCUGGCUGGGCUUCCCAAGCCACUCUGUGCGGCUUCCAACAAAAUAUUAAAAUACAGUGGUACCUCAGGUUAAGUACUUAAUUCAUUCUGGAGGUCCAUUCUUAACCUGAAACUGUUCUUAACCUGAAGCACCACUUUAGCUAAUGGGGCCUCCUGCUGCUGCUGCGCUGCCAGAGCAUGAUUUCUGUUCUCAUCCUGAAGCAAAGUUCUUAACCCAAGGUACUAUUUCUGGGUUAGCGGAGUCUGUAACCUGAAGCGCCUGUAACCUGAAGCGUAUGUAAUCCGAGGUACCACUGUACGGUAAUGCAUCAAACGUUAAAAGCUUCCCUAAACAGGGCUGCCUUCAGAUGUCAUUUAUAGCCAGACCUAUCUAAUUCAUAAAGCUCGAGACACCAUCACCAAUUGAAAUUCACCCUUCUCUGAAUUUUGCAAUGCAAUUUCCCCAGCCAAGGAAUGUGUGGGAAAAUGCAUAUAAUACAAGAAAAUGCACUCAGGAAUGCAUAUGUUGGUGACUGGAACAUUAAGAAAAUGUGUUACAUUGGGGGAAACUGAUUUGCUAAUUGAAUUGAAUGAAUGAAUGAAUGCAUGCAUGCAUGUAAGGAGAAAACCACAAUAAACGCUGCUGAAUUUUCAAGAGGGGGUGUGUGUGUGUGUGUGUGUGUGUGUGUGUGAGAGAGAGAGAGAGAGAGAGAUGUGGAAAUGUCCAGAAUUGAACUUAAGAGUGGUAAAAUGAGAAGUCGAAAUUGACAGAUUUGCCCAUCACUAGAAGGAGGUGCACUCACUCAGAGAGGGAGGUGGUGGGGAUGGGGGGUGUUGUUGAUGGCAUCUCGCCCAACAACACAGCGAUAGAGCAUUUUCCCCCCAUGCAGAAUAUCCCAAGUUCAUUUCCCAGCAACUAUAGGUAGAGCUGGGAAUGUCUUCUGCUUGAAACCACAGAGAGCCACUGCAGGAUCAAUGGAUCUGGUGAUUUCCAAGGCAGCUUCCUAUGUUCGAGGUUAGCUAUCACAUGAUUGGCAUGGCUACAUGAUGGAGGAUAUGCCCCAACCUUCCCUUCUCUCAACCCUUUUCUCUCUUUAUGCCAUUCCUUCCUUCCUUUCUCUUCUUCAUCUCACCCUCUGUGUUUUCACUUCUUUGCCACCUACAUGAAAAUCGGCUUGAAGGUCCCUUGGGUCAUAAGUUGUUGGAAGUCAAUGGAUUUAUAUAUAGAUAUAUACUUAUAGAAAAGUAUAUGAAUGGAUUCCCUCUCUGCACCUCCCUUUUCUUUCCUCUCCCAGGUGCUUCUCUGGAGUGCGAAGUUUGUUACGGCCUUGGGACCAGAUGCAGUGGCAAGAUGGCGACCUGUUCUCCUAA